AUGAAAGGAAGGAAAGGAAGAUUUACGAACGACAGAGCUUUGGUAUUUGCAGAAGAAGAGGGGACUGUGUAUGGGCAAAUAAUAUGUCCCCUUGGCCAAGGACAGUUUAAGGUAAGUUGUUCUGACGGAGUUUACAGGACUGCAAAGGUUCGUGGAAGAGACUACAGACGUGUUCGAAUGAUUCCAGGCGACAUAGUUUUACUACGUGUUAGAGACGGGGAUGAGAAGAGGGCAGAUAUUGACAGGAAGUAUAUGCCAAAAGAAAUUAAGAUAUUGAAGGAGGAUGGAGAAAUAAAUGACGACACAUUUGCUGUUAACGAUAAAAACAGUGGAUUAGUUGAGUUUGAAGAACUUCUUUAG